AUGGGUUUGAUUUUGGCUUCUGUGAGGCUUUUCUUUCUUACGUCCCUUUUGGCCUUGGUGACUGCUGUUGGAGCUAAUAAUGGCUACAAGGCUUUCAAUGUGAAGAAAUAUGGUGCAAUCUCUGAUGGCAAGACAGAAAAUAGCAAGGCAUUCUUGAAAGCAUGGACGGAUGCAUGUCAAUGGCAUGGAAAGGCUAUGGUUUUGAUCCCACCAGGAGUUUACAUUUUGGACUCAGUGCUCUUUAGUGGCGAAUGCAAUGGUUACAUGGCAUUUUACUUGAAAGGGAUUUUAAAGCCAAAAGGCAAUCUGCAGACUUAUGAUCAAUGGAUUACUUUCCGAUAUGUUAAUGGGUUCUUUAUGGGAGGUGGUGGUUUCUUGGAUGGCGAAGGAUACAAGCUCUGGAACCGCAAUGAUUGUCAGAAAAACAAUAACUGUCAUCCUCUUGCCAUAUCAUUGAGACUCGAAUUUAUCGAAAAUGGGAAGAUCAGCCAUAUAAGAUCAAUCAACAGUCAGAAUGCCCAUAUCUCUCUCUUUGGGUGCAUCAACAUAAAUAUGUCUAAGCUUAGACUAUCUGCCCCUGAUUAUUGCCCUUAUCCUCCAUGUGACAUGGCGACUCCCUCGCGCAUUCAAAUUAAAGACAUUACAUUCAACAACAUUUGGGGCACUUCAGAAUCGAAGGUUGCAGUUACUUUAAAUUGCAGUCGAACCGUUCCAUGCAAGAAUAUACAGCUAAAGGAUAUCAAUUUGUUCCGUCGUCAUGGAGAUAAUUCUGUUUGGUCAUUGUGUUCUAAUGUCAGGGGUAUUUCUUAUGGCCAUCAAAGGCCACCCUCUUGCUUCUAG